UACCACGUGACCGUUUUCCUGGCUCGCCUUUGUGGCACAAAUCGUGAUUUUCGAGUCUCUCUAUGGACAAUAAUGGGAGAAAACUGACAAAGACGCAUAUUUUACGAGGCUUAAACGGAUGUAUUCUAUUGUUUUGUGGUGUGGUUCUUUCGCAUUUCCGGGAAGAUAGGAGACGCCGCCGUUGUUUAGUUUUUAGGACGGGUUUUGUUUAUCACAUCUCAAUUUGGUUGGUGAGUAGUUAUUGAGCCGUCGGAGAUGAGUGGUCCCGAGGUAGCGAAGACGCCGGGGGGCAGGGCGCCGGGGAAGGAAGGCAUGGAGGCUGUAGCCAAUGGCCAUGCAGGAGAGGGUGAACAGGGAGGAGGCGAUCCCUUCGCUGAGUACAUGUGGAUGGAGAACGAGGAUGCGUACAACAGACAGGUUGAAGAGGAAUUGUUGGAGCAGGAGUUCUUGGAGCGUUGUUUCCAGGAGAUGUUAGAUGAGGAGGACCAGGAUUGGUUCAUCCCGGCCAGAGACCUCCCCUCAGGGAUGGGGCAGCUCCAGCAACAGCUCAACGGCUUGUCAGUCAGUGACAGAGGAAACGCAGAGGAGAUGGCGAGGAAAAGCAACUUGAACCCUGAUGCGAAGGAGUUCGUUCCGGGAGUGAAAUACUAGGAGUCCCCCUCUACCCCAGGGAGCACGAACAUUCACGCUCACAUAACCUUGCAGAGACUCUGGCGGCCUUGACCGCAAAACACACACAGGUCCAGGGUGUGUAGGUAGAAACCUGUAAGGGGGUGGGGGAACUUAUUUUCUUUAAGAUUUGUAUUUUAUUUGUUUCAACUUGUAAUUUAAAGGACAGGGGCGGGGUAUCAGUAUCAACAGAGCCCUACAGAGGGCGCUGCUGCUGCAUUUACAUUCGAUGUGUAUCCCAAAUAGUACCCUAUUCCUUAUGUAGUGCACUACUUUUGACCAGGGCCCAGAUUCACAAAACAUUUCUAAACGCAAAAACGUACAAACUAGCUUGUUUUUAUUCUUAAGUGUAUUAUCUUAAGAUUUAAUGAUUUUCUUAGGAACUUCUCAAUCUUCUUAAGAUGCUUGUUGCUAGGCAACCGAUUUAGCAAGCAAUGGCAAUCAUGUUAGCAUAUUUAUUACUAUUCUAAUACUUGGGUUUAAAAUGAUCAAUACUGAAACUUUUAGAUGAUGUUUGUGUGAAAUAAACAUGUUCAAUUGCUUAUUUACAUAUUUUUUUUAGCUAUCUUGGAAUUAAGAACAUUUCCAAUGAAAUUUAUUUUCAACUUUUUACUUAAGGAGAAAAUGUGCAAUAACAUUUCCAAUAACCUUUUUGAGGAAUAGCAACUUUGCUUAACUUUCUUCUUAACUACCAUUUUGUUCCUUAAGACUUUUCUUCUUAAAUCUAUAUUUAAGGUUUUGUGAAUCUGGUCCCAGGGCCCUACCAUUGUUGGUCCCAGGGCCCUGCCAUUGUUGGUCCCAGGGCCCUGCCAUUGUUGGUCCCAGGGCCCUACCAUUGUUGGUCCCAGGGCCCUACCAUUGUUGGCCCAGGGCCCUACCAUUGUGGGCCCUGAUCUAAAGUAGUGCACUCCAUAAGAAAACGGGUGCUUUUUCGGAUGCAUAUAAAGGCGUACAUAUACAGAGAAAUUGCAAACUCUUGAGAUUUUCCAACUUUAUUUUUUACUUGUCAUGGUUGCCAUGUUGGCACCUAAAAGCGAAUUGCAAAUGAUACCCUGUUCCACUAUAGAGUGCACUACCUAGUAAAAAUAGGGUGCCAUUUUGAGAUCUGCAUUUAUAAGUUUCAUGGCGGCCUUGUUGGUGCCAGAAUGUUCCACAACGUUACCAUUCUAAUUGGAAUCCAACUACGAAUGUAAUUAUUGUUAACGAACGACGACUGGAGCCAACGUGGACGACGGACGACACGGUUGGCCGUUCUAGAUUUCUGUGACUACGUACCUCUGGUCACAAUAUGACAUUACUCUUCUGUCUCAUUUCCCAUUAUGAGCUGUUUUUAUUUCUCAUGGGCCUGGUUCCAAACCAAUUAUUCAUAUUUCCUAUCCCCUACACCCUUUAAACUUAACUCUUGACCUCGAAGCCAGUUCCGCUGCAUUUUUUAAUUUUUUAUCUUUCCCUCUAAUCAGGGACUGAUUUUAGAACUGGGACACCAGGUGAGUGCAAUUAAUUAUCAGGUAGAACAGAAAACCAGCAGGCUCUGACCCUCGUAUGGUAAGAGUUGAAUACCCCUGCCCUACACCAUUGUUCACUCCCUCCUUGUGGGUGAAAAAGUUGAAGUUUUAUUCCCCAUAGGCUGCGUUUACACAGUCACCCGAAUUCUGGUAUUUUUUUCCCAGUAAUUGGUCUUUUGACCAAUCACAUCAGAUCUUUCCAAUCAAAUAUUUUUCAGAGCUGUUCUUAUUGGUCAGAAGACCAAUUAGUGAAAAAAAUAUCAGAAUUGGGCUGCCUGUACAAACGCUGCAAUAUAGUCCUACUUUUAAUCAGAACCUGGAGUCCUGAUCUAAAGAAGUGCAUAAUUUGAGGUGUCACGUGAUGGGGAACCAGAGUGCAUGGGUUAGGGUAUUGGUGUUUGGUUUGUAACUAGGCCGUUCCCUGUGUUGCGUCUCAAAUGGCACCCUAUUCCCUUUAUAGUGCACUACUUUUGACCUGUGCUCUGGUCAAAAGUAGUGCACUCAAUGGGGAAUAGGGUGCCAUUGCCUCUCGCAGUACUGAAGGAAUGGAAGCAUCAUGUUGAACUUUGUUGGAUCAAUAAUGUUGAGGUUUAUCAGGUUUAUCUGUUAAUCAAUCUCUUGUUUUUAGAGGAACAAGGUGUUUGUCUCUUGGGUUGCCGUAGCUUGUGGUCAAAACGGGAAUGGAUGUGUCCCCCAAAUAGCACCCUAUGCCCUUCUUUUUAAAAAAAAUUUUUUUAACCUUUAUUUAUCUAGGGCCCAUAGCAUUCCCUAUGAGCUCUCAAAGGGUCCUGGUUAAAAGUGGUGCACCACAUAGGCAGUUGGGUACCAUUUAUGAAUCACACUAAUCUUAACUGUUAUGGUGGGGGGGAAAACGCUAGAUUAGUGUCUAGGGGAGGUUUAAAAUGAAUGAAUGGGUGGGACUUGAGUGAGGGUUGACUAACCACAGGCCACGUGCACCCUGGGUCAACCAAUAGGAAUUGUCUGCCAGUUGGAUUUACAUGAAAAUAAUGGAUUUUGAGUUGGAAAAAGUCCCAACGACCCAAAGUACGAAUUUCAAUACAACAAGAUGAAUAAAAAUGUGAAACUGCA